GCAGUAAGUUUGGGUUUCCGCCAACUAUUUGUCACGACAAAUACUUGGGGGUUCCAACUGAGUGGGGUGGAUAAAAAAAAGAAACUUUCAGGUUCUUGUUGGAACGAAUGGAAAAGAAAGGUGAAUCCUGGAAGAGCCUUUUAUUGUCUCCCGGAGGGAAAGAAGUACUGCUGAAAGCAGUUAUUCAAGCUUUACCAACCUACAUCAUGAGUGUUUUCUUGCUGCCUUUGAACCUAACGAAUAAAAUGGACUCAAUCUUGAAACGGUUUUUCUGGUCGGGUUCAAUGAGGAAACGAGCUAUCCAUUGGUGCAAUGCGAGGGAGUUGGAAAACCGAAAGAAGAAGGAGGUUUGGGCUUCAAGAACUUUCAUCUCUUUAACCUGGCGCGCAUUGGAAAACAGGUUUGGAGACUUUUUGAUAACCCCGAUGCCUUGUGGGCUAAGCUCCUGAAGGGGCUUUACUUUCCAAAUGAGGAGUUGUUCUCGGCAACGAAGGGGAGAAAGAGCUCCUGGGUUUGGAAUGGGUUGUGUGAGGCUAAGGAGCAGAUGAAGAGUGGUUUGUUAAGAGGUAUUAUGUCUGGUGAGGAUUCGUGGUUCCAUUGUGACCCUUGGCUUCCUUCUAUUCCAUGUUACAAUCUGUCUCACUUGGGGUUGGAACCAUCCAAAGUUAGUGAUUGGAUUGACCGUGAUUCUCGAAGUUGGAGAAUGGAGGCCAUUCGUAAUCUGGUGCCUGAUGAGAUUGCUCAUGCUAUUGCCCGUGUUCCGGUCGGUCCAUGUACUGCUAAGGACAGCUGGAUUUGGCGUCUUACAGAGUCAGGUGGUUACAGUGUUAAGUCUGCCUAUCGGAUGUUUCGAGAGACUCGAGAGUCCACUUUGGGUAAUGACUUGUUUUCCUCUUCUAGACCUAGCCGAGAUGAUUGGAAGUGGUUGUGGGGUCUCAAGCUGCCUCCUAAGCUUCGCUUUUUCAUUUGGAAAUGUGGUAAAAAUGCAAUUGCAACACGAGUGAGGUUGUUCAACCGCAAGUGUGCUCCUAACCCGCUGUGCCCACUCUGUGAGAACCAGGAGGAAACGAUUAUGCAUUGCUUCUUUCAUUGCCCCAAGGCGCUUGAGACUUGGACUCAGCUUGGGCUGCUUAAUGUGCUUCCUGUGGCUGACUCUUGCUUUGUGGAUUGGUUCUUUGGACUAAAAGACAGGGUUUCCGUUGGCCAGAUUACCAAGAUUGUGUGUUCCCUUUGGAACAUUUGGAUUGCUCGAAAUGGGUGGGUAUUUGAGAGUCAGGCGUUCUCUCCGUCCUCUGUGGCAAUUUUAGCCGAACGUGAUGUUUUGAAUGUCCAAGAAGCUAGGAUCGGAUCCUCAGCCAAUUUCUACUCAUGUCCUGCUGGAUUGCCUUCUCAGCCUGAGAGUUCUCGAUCGUCGACCUUAUCACCGCCUGGUCCUUUCUGUAAGGUUGUGCAUUGUGAUGGUUCCUUUGUUUCUGAUGCACAGGUGGCGGCUUAUGGGAUUGCUAUUGCAAACUCCCACGGUCAGGUUAUCGAUGGGAAGGCUGAGCGGUUCUUUUGUUCUUCCCCGCUUCAAGCGGAAGCGUUUGCGAUUCUUAAUGCAGUUAUCUGGGCGGCCCAGGACCCUGUACCAACGUGUGUUCGCUCUGACUGUCAGAGGUUGACUAAUGCGUUGAGACAAGAUCCGAGCCUGUGGCCCUGGCAGUGUCGGGCAUCCCUUGCUCGUGUGGUUUCCAUUCUCUGUGUUUCUCCUUGGAUCACGGUUGAGUUUGUUCCUCGUCGAUUUAAUAAGGUGGCUGAUUGGAUCGCUAGGAACUCUCGCCUUGAUCUCCUUCCUCCGGAAUGGAUUUUCAUUGCCAACCUUGUCGCUCCAUUAUUGUAAUCGUUGUGCUCCCCUUGGUUGGGUUUGGAAUGAAAUGAAUGAUGCCUAUUGUCAAAAAAAAAAAAUCAAUUAAUUAUAACCAAAAUAAUUUGAACAUAUACGAGUCAACAUAAUUUUUAUAUAUUUAAAUAAAAUCCACCCGGCCAACAGGCCGGGUACAAAACUAGUAUUGAAUUAGGCCGAAACAUUUUAUUGAAAGGCGCAAGACAUAUUGGGUGCUUGAACCAAAAAAAUUCACCAGCAAUCAACCCACUUAUCUCAUUGUGGGUGGGUGUGCAUCGUAAAUGAAUAUUCUUCUCAAAAUUAUAGUUAUUGAGGAUAAUUGCAAAGUCUCAUUAUUUUCGUGGCUGGAAAUUUAUAUCAUAUAUUUAUUUUCUUCUACGAUUUUGUGUUACUUUUUUUUUAUUUGUACACUAAUUUGACUUAUUCUAUUAUUAUUCAUUUUAUUUUAUGAGUGUUUGGUUAAAAUUUAAUCAUUUUUAUGUUUUUGGGAGAUUUAAGUCAAUUUAUAUUUAAGAUGUAGGGAUGGCAAAAAAAAUCUGUAAGCGUG